AUGAGAAGGAUUGCCGGGCGCCGAUCAGGAAUCAAGAACCAAGCUCAGCUCCUUGCCGCAGUAAUUUCCCAAAGGUACUACGCUCUCCUAAGGAGGUGGCAGGCGUACAUUGUAAAGACCACCAGAAAGGGGAAUCGGAACAGGCAAAACUCCAUCUUCAGCUCCUGGGUGCCUGGUAUAGAGCUUUCCACCUUGGACUCCACUGCCUACAAGUUCGGACAGCAAUUCCCUCACUCAUCUGUUUCCCCUUUUCCUUGGGGACAGCUCUAUGCCCCUUGUCAGCAGGAAGUCAUUGAUACCACAGGGCAGAUUGCAAUGACUCAGACUCCAGUUUCCCUGUCAGCUUCUCCAGGAGAGAACGUCACUACGUCUUGCAGAACACCAGGACAGUCUCCCAAGCUCCUGAUCUGUGCUGCUGCCAUUCUGUACUCUGGGUUCCCUGCCUGGUUCAGUGGCAGUGGGUCUGGGACAGACUACAGUAUCACAAUCAGCAGUGUGGGGGCUGAAGAUGCUGGACUGUAUUACUGUCAGCACCGUUCCAGCUGGCCUCUCACAGUGCUCCAGCUCUGGACAAAACCCUCCAGGGAAAGUUUGGCUGCCUUACAAACAGGAUUUGCAGUUUCCAAACCAGAUGUGAUCUACCAGUUGGAAAGAAAGGAAGCGUCUUGGAUGCCAGAGGCAGAUGUUCCCAGAAGCAGCUGUCCAGAGAGCAGAGAAUUUACUGGAGAUAAACCUCCUGAAUGUAAAGAAUAUGGGAAAGCUUUCAGGAGCAAGAAUCAUCUUGCUGUACAUCAGAGAAUUCAUACUGGGGAGAAACCUUAUGAAUGUAGUGAAUGUGGGAAGUCCUUCAGGAUUAAGACAAAACUUUCACUGCAUCAGAGAAUUCAUCCUAGAGAGAAUCUUUAUAAAUGUAAUAUAUGUCGGAAGGCCUUCACUUGGAAGGGACGUCUUACUUGGCAUCAGAUGAUUCAUACUGGAGAUAAUCCUUAUAAAUGUAGUGCUUGUGGAAAGGCCUACAGGAUUAAGAGAGAACUUCGAAUGCAUCAGAGAAUUCAUACUGGGGAGAAACCUUAUAUAUGUAGUGUAUGUGGAAAGGCCUUCAGGAUUAAGAUACAGCUUACACUGCAUCAGAGAAUUCAUACUGGGGAGAAACCUUAUAAAUGUAGUGUAUGUGGGAAGGCCUUCAUGUGGAACGGAAAUCUUACUCGACAUCAGAUAAUUCAUACUGGAGAUAAUCCUUAUGAAUGUAAUGAAUGUGGGAAGGCCUUCAGGAUUAAGAUACAGCUUACACUGCAUCAGAGAAUUCAUACUAGAGAGAAUGCUUAUGAAUGCAGUGAAUGUGGAAAGGCCUUCUGGAAGAAGUCACAUCUUACUGAGCAUCAGAGACUUCAUACUGAAGAGAAACCUUAUGAAUGUAGUGAAUGUGGGAAGGCUUUCAGGACUAAGUCAGGGCUUACUGUGCAUCAGACAAUUCAUAGUGGAGAGAAACCUUAUGAAUGUAGUGAACGUGGACAGGCCUUCAGGGAGGAGUCACAUCAUACUAAGCAUCAGAAACUUCAUACUGGAGAUUUUCUUUAUGAAUGUAAGGAGUGUGGGAAAGGUUUCCUGUACACCUCAGAUUUUACACGACAUCAAAAAAUUCAUACAAUAGAGAAACCUUAUGAAUGUAGUGAAUGUAUGGAGGCCUUCAGGAGUAAGACACUACUUUCGGUGCACCAGAGAAUUCAUACUGGGAAGAUGCUUUAUGAAUGUAAGCAGUGUGGGAAGGCUUUUCCCUGCAACUCAGCACUUAUUCGACACCAAAGUAUUCAUACUGGAGAAUUCUUUUUGAAUGUAAGGAGUAUGGGAAGGCUUUCCCCCACAAUUCAGAUCUUAAUCAACAUCAAAAAAUUCAUACUGAAGAGAAACCUUAUGAAUGUAAAGAAUGUGGGAAGACCUUCAGAGUGA